CCUCGAAACAACAGCAACAAAACCAAAAUGGCCCGAUUCUUCACUCGGACUCUCCAGCUCCGCCCCUCCCUCCGCCGCGCCCACUCGACCCGAUCCGGCCAGCUCUUCGAGCUCGAGAUAAACUCCUCCACCUCCUCUACCUCCUCCUCCUCCUCCUCUUCAGAAGGCGGGUCCGAGGACCUUAUGCUCAAGAAGCUCGACGACAUCGUUCAGCGGAUCCUCGUCCAGAAAGCCACCCCCGAUUGGCUCCCCUUCGUCCCCGGCUCCUCCUUCUGGGUCCCACCCCGACGCUCGCCGAUCGCCGUUAGCGACUUCGUCGGCAGAUUGGCCGACCGGCUUUCCGAUGAGGAGUCCCUCUCCGUCGCCACCGACCGGGGUUGGCCAUGCUCUGGCUUUUUCAUCAACGGUAGUGAAUCUUUGGGAACAACGAUGGUUGGUGGGGAGGCGGAAGGAGAAUUAGGAGAAGUGGAGGUGAAUGUGGAGGUGUUGACGAACGACGUUGAGGAUGAAUAAGGUUUGUUCGUUGCUGUUGCUGGCACUGUCACUUGGGUGAGUUCCCUUGUGUCUGGCAAGCACCACCGAAGAUGUUCGUUGUCACCCGUUUUAUGGCUGAAGUUGGUUUAUGGCUUUCAGGAGAUGGAUUGAACUUAUUUAGUAAGGUUUAAGACUUUAAGGGGCGAACUUGGUGGCGGUAAUAUCAGCUUCCCUGCUUUUAUUGAUGUAUUCUAGUUAUUAUCUUCUGCGCUUAAGUCAUUGUGUGCUCUUGCCGUAUAGUUGGAUAAUAAAAAUUCUCAACAACAAAACUGAAUGUAGUCAAUGAACUUUUAAUGAUAAUUAUGUUGUAUGCAUCCACAAAGCUGUGCUUGAUUACACUGAGAAUAUCAUGUUGUGUAUGUAUUUGAUUAAACAGUCUCAUG